AUGCCGAUACGAAAGCGUCCCGUUGCGUCCAUCAAGGUCGCCGCGCCGGUUGCCACAUAUUGCGUGCUACCGACCCCGGCUACCGAUGUACUGGAUGCAGAGCGAUUGAUCGAGGAGCUGCAACAGGCGCUCAAUGCGCCGAGUUCGUCGAUCAGCGCGGAUGCUGUUUUUGAGGGGUUGGCUGCUGCGGCUCGCGAGGUGGAAGAUACUUUGAGCGCUACCAUUGACUGA